AAUGUGACUAGGAUUUGCACUCAAAUUUAUAACAGACAAAUACAAAUAAUAACUUGUACAGUACAUUUAAAAAAAAAAAUAGUAGUAUAUCUUAGUCACAGAAAUAGAAACUAGACCUUAAAUAAAAAAUUUCAAAGGAAUAAAACCACACAUCCACCUCAUAGAUUUCAAAAGCAGUGAUGGAGGAAUCUCAACAACUUCAUGUAGUUUUUGUUCCAUUUCCAACUCCUGGCCAUAUGAUUCCCAUGGUAGACACAGCAAGACUAUUUGCCAAACAUGGUGUUAAUGUUACAAUAAUCACUACACAUGCCAAUGCUUCAACAUUCCAAAAAUCCAUAGACAAUGACUUCAAUUCAGGAUACUCCAUCAGAACUCAACUUAUUCAGUUCCCUUCAGCUCAAGUUGGUCUCCCGGAAGGCGUCGAAAACAUCAAAGAUGGAACUUCACUUGAAAUGCUUGGAAAAAUCAGCCGUGGAAUAUUUAUGCUCCAAAAUCCAAUUGAGGUUCUGAUUAAAGAUCUUCAACCAGAUUGUAUAGUCACUGAUAUGAUGCAUGCUUGGACUGUGGAAGCAGCUGAAAAACUAGGUAUUCCAAGGAUACACUAUUACAGCUCAAGCUACUUCUCCAACUGUGCCUUUCAUUUUAUCAUGAAGUAUAGACCUCAUGAUGGUUUAGUUUCUGAUACACAGAAAUUUACUAUUCCUGGUUUUCCUCAUACCAUUGAGAUGACUCCUCUGCAGAUUCCUGAUUGGUUAAGGGAGAAGAAUGCAGCUACACCCUAUUUUGAACCAAUGUUUCAAUCAGAGAAAAGAAGCUAUGGAACACUAUACAAUAGUUUUCAUGAGCUAGAAAGUGAUUAUGAGAAACUUAAUAGAAGUACAUUGGGGAUCAAAUCUUGGAGUGUAGGACCAGUUUCAUCAUGGGUUAACAAGGAUGAUGAAAAGAAGGCCAAUAGAGGACAUACGGAGGAACUUGGAAAAGAGGCAGCGUGGCUAAAUUGGCUUAACUCAAAAAAAAAUGAGUCAGUUUUGUAUGUAAGUUUUGGAAGUCUUACUAGGCUAGCUCAUGCUCAGCUUGUAGAAAUUGCUCACGGGCUUGAAAAUUCAGGUCAUAAUUUUAUCUGGGUUGUAAGGAAAAAUGGUAGAGAUGACGGUGAAAACAGUUUCCUGCAAGAUUUUGAACAAAGGAUGAAAGAAAGCAAAAAGGGUUAUAUUAUAUGGAAUUGGGCACCACAGCUUCUGAUAUUGGAUCACCCUGCAACUGGAGGAAUUGUGACUCACUGUGGUUGGAACUCGAUUCUUGAAAGCUUGAAUGCUGGUUUGCCAAUGAUCUCAUGGCCAAUGUUUGCUGACCAAUUUUACAAUGAGAAGUUACUGGUUGAUGUUUUGAAGAUAGGGGUCCCAGUAGGAGCAAAAGAAAAUAAGUUAUGGAAUAGUGUUAGUGUAGAGGCAGUGGUGAAAAGGGAAGAGAUAGUUAAGGCUGUGAAGAUUUUGAUGGGAAGUGGCCAAGAGAGCAAGGAUAUGAGGAUGAGAGCAAAACAGCUUGGUGGUGCUGCCAAAAGGACUAUAGAGGAGGGUGGACAUUCUUACAACACCUUGGUUCUGUUGAUUGAUGAGCUGAAAUCAUUGAAGAAAUCUAAGGCACUUGAUGAGAAUUCAAAUUAGAUAAUUGAAAUGAAAGAUUAACCUUGGUGCUUCAGAGGGUGUAGCUGAUGAAGGCUUUGAAUAUGAUGAAACAACAUCCAAGUAUUUUUCUCCAAUGUGUUUUUUUUCUUUCUUUUCUGCAUUGAUCUGCAGUUCAAUAAGACGAAACAGCAUCCAUUCAUUCUUGUGUACUGCAAAUCUGCAAUGGUGACAAAAGAAGUUAGUUUUUAGUUUUACUUCGCAAUUUUCAUAUUAAGCCAUUCAUUCUGAUGAUGAGUUAAAAUUUCUUUGGUUAUAUUGAUUCAUCACUACAAAUAUUUUAGUGUGCCAUCACUCCACGGGCUAUAUAUUUAAUAAUUCUGGAUUGAGUAAAGUAUAUGCUAGUGAGAAAAGUUUCGAAAUUAAAGUAACAAAGGUUCCAUAAGAAGCUAUACAAUGGGAUCACCAUAAACCCAUAAUGUGCUUUAAAACG